CCUUUUUUAUUCACUUCAAGUACUUCGAACGGCUGUUGUUUCGAUAUUUUUCCUCCUCAUCAAACAAUCCAGCUUUCUCUACACGCACAUCCCACACCCGUUUUACACGGCAUUGUACAUACAUACAUAUAUAUACUAUCACUCUUUACUCUCACUCUCCACUCUUACAAAAUCACCAUGAAACCAACCAGUCUUUUCUUCAUCACUGCGCUCAUCGGUGCCGCAAUCAUCAAUAAUAACGCAGCAGAGGCCUUGCCUAUCUCCACUAUUUUAUCUUCCCCUUCACCUCAUCGUCAUCAUCAUCACCAUCACCUUGCUGAGGCAUCAGCAUCAGCAUCAGCUCCCGAGCCCGUACCGGCUCCUGCACAAGUCUCACCCUUUGCAGGACGAACACGACCCAGAUCCUCAGCCUCGAUCCCCAAACAUCGUCGGGCCUCCAAAAAGAUCAACAGGAUCUUGACCCAUGAUCACCAUCACUCCAUUGCUCGCCGCGCUACUUCUUCUGUUGCCUCUUCUUCCUCUUCUUCACACUCUCAGCCUUCGAUCAAGAAGCGUGCUUCGCACCAAGGACAUGUUGUACUGGAUGAAGAAGACGAUGAUGCCGGGAAUGAAUUGUUGGACACCGAGACCGAAGGCUUGGUUCGUCCAGAUGAUGAUGAUACUAUUGAGGGUGAGAUCAUUGAGGAAGAAGGAGAAGAAGGAGAUGGUCAUCCUUUGAUGGCCGAGGAGAUCGAGAACGAUAUCGAUCAGCUCAUUGCUCGAGCCAACUUUAUGAAUCCUAGAAAAGCUAUUCGUAUCUUCACCAAGUUGGUCCGUAAAGAGUGAUGGUGAAUGUAAAAAAAAAAAAACAAAAAUGUAUAUAUACUCUACUAUCUUUUCUUCUCCCUCCAUUCCAGCAUCAUUCAUUGAUUGGUGUGUAAUUACUCUCUUUUCACCCUUAUUGCAUAUUGCAUUUGAAAUAAGUAGUGAAAUGUCUACAUAUUGGUUUUCAUACUCUACAUAUAUAACAUCUCCAAAAUUCCAUCUGAUUAGAUGGACAAUAGAGACAUAGAACAUUUAUUCAGUAAUAGACCUUAAACUCAUUAGAAGCUGUAAAAUAUGAGAA